UUAGGGAUUCUCCCUAAAAUAGGUCAACUGGUGUCACGCGGACAUUAGAUGCACACAGCCCGGGACGGGGACGCGGCAACCCUCAUUCCUAUCUUGGAGGCAGCAGACGCCUCGAAUAUUUCACUUGGCAAAUUUUAUUAUUUAUUUGACGCACGUCCCUAGGUUGUUAAGAGAAAUUGUAUCUCAUAAAACACAUACUUAGAUUGUGUUCUGUUAUAUAUAUCCGGAUCGACUCCCAGAUGGCUACCAAUGGUAAUAACACACUGCCUACGAACUCGAGGAUAAAUGGAAAUGGUGAUGAGGAGCAGCAGCCUCUGCUUGAUAGCAGCUAUGUGACGUCCAAAUCAGCAAGAUGGCGAAAGAGCUUAACGACAGACGUUCGCCGCGACUGGGCCGAUUUAGUUCUGCUUGCUUGCUAUGUCAUUACUGGCAUGCUUGAUAGCGCAUCGAUAUCCACUUGGGGCUCGUUCGUGUCGAUGCAGACAGGAAACACGGUGUAUUUUGGCCUCGGCAUUACCGCACCGCACGAGUCGACGCGGUGGAUCAAGUCGGGGACUUCACUCGGCUGUUUCUGCAUCGGGUCCGUAUUCUUCAGCUCUUUCCACCGGAUGCUAUCGCCGUCGCCUAAGCGGCGUUGGGUGCUCGCAGCGUCCUUCAUUAUUCAGAUGUUGUUUGUCGCCGUUGCUGCGGCAAUUCUUACUUUCGGGCCCCAGUCCGACAGCGAGGCCAAAAAGGAGGCCAUCGACUGGCCAGUGCUUGUCCCAAUUGCCCUGAUCGCUUUUCAAAGCUGUGGUCAGGCGGUUGCAAGUCGUGCGCUCAAGUACAACGCGCUUACCAGCGUUGUCCUGACUAGCAUUUACUGCGACUUAUUUUCCGAUGCCGCGCUGCUCGCGCCGCAUAAUCCUGAGCGUAACCGUAGAGUCGGUGCCCCUGUUUUACUUCUCAUCGGUGCUGUGCUUGGUGGGCUACUGGCUAGGAGCACAGUUGGUACUGCCGGUGUACUGUGGAUUGCUGCGGCUUUGAAGCUGCUGGUCGUUGUGUCAUGGCUGCUAUGGCCAGCGGAAAAGGAAUAACAGUCGCAUAUGCAUGCUAUGUAUUACUAGAUACACGUCGUAAGGACCUAGAUAAACUGCAAGAUUUGUAAGUAAAUGCCCCCGAACUGUUGGGUAAGGCAUAGCUUCAAUCCAGCACCUCAUUG